AUGCAAGACCAGAUGUUGGUAAUUGUUGUGUCUUUUCUUUUUCUUAAAGUUAUUACGUCACAGUCGGUAUGCCAAGAUGGUUGUUGCGAGUCUGAUCCUAGAUGUACAAAUUUCGAUUUCAUAAUGACUGCUUGCCUUGACUCAGAACAAUCAAAAGUUUGCCCAGUGACCUGUAAAACCUGUUCAAUAUAUCAAACAUCCACAUCAAGUCCUACGUCACUCCCUCCGAUGACGUCACCAUCUCCUUGUCACGAUACAGAUCCAAGAUGUUUUGAGUUUGAUUUUAUAAUAUCAGCAUGCCUAGACCCAACACAAGCGACUCUCUGUCCACAGAUGUGUGGAUUAUGUUCUGUAGCAACAACGCCUUUGGCAACUCCUUCCUUACCCAUCACAACAAUCCCAACAACAACAACAACAACAACAACAACAACAACCACAGCAAAUGUUUGUGAGGACACUGACCCACGCUGUGUGGAAUUCGAAUUUAUUAUGACUGCAUGCCUCGAUAGUGAAAAGUCCAAAACUUGUCCGAAAAUAUGUGGCCUCUGUUCGGCGGAAACAACAACACAGGCUCCAACGACGACAGCAAUUCUGACAACUACAGAGGCGACAACAACAACAUUGGCACCUACAACUACCCCGGCGUGUGUAGACAAAGACCCACGCUGUGUUGAGUUUGAUUUUAUUAUCAAUGCUUGUCUCGAUCCGGUGCAGUCAAAACUUUGUCCUCGCAUGUGCCAACUCUGUUGA